AGUAUACACGGGGGGAAUGCAACGAGGGCAGAGUUCAUGGAGGGUUCCAUCUGGGCGGAGCAAGGUCACGCCAAGGUCACGCCGGGAGCCCUAACAGGGCAGAGCAAUCCUGAGCGGGAGCACGGGGCAGCUGCUGUAAGUGGGUCCCCUCGCCGUGCUGUUGUUUCGCCACCAUCGUCCCCGCCGUCUUCACCAUCGCUGGACAUUGCGAGCUUGACAGCCUGCCAACUGUUGACUUAAAACUUUCGUGACUGCAGGAAAUCAUAUGCUAUGGUUCUUGCGGUAAAGUCACGACCGCUUGUGUUGCGAUCGAAACGUCGUGAUAGUUUUAAUAAAUAAAAAAUAUAUCGACGUGACUUUACCGAAAUAACCAUAGAAUAAGCCUGCCAACUGUUCUAGCUGGAUAGUGCCGCCGACGAUAGACGGUUGUGUGUAAAAUAGACAGUGUACACACACAUAGGGUGCGUAUAGUCACCAUUGUGUCUUCUAACUGCGUCACUACACAUUUAUAAAUCACCUCGCCUACCCCUGGGACAUUGCCAGGUGUACACGACAUCACUCCAAGAAACCGGAGCGAAACACAAGGGAACGUGCGACCAAGGAAUAGAACGGCCAAGCAUUGUCACCGAGUACGUACGUAGACCGCCUUUUGCACCAUACGUAGCCUGCCGUGAGGCUCAGAGGUGCGGGCCAAGAGUCCCAAGAGGUGGCGACAACCCCCUGACGCGGUGCCACUGCGGUCAAGCUACUUGGUGACCAGCACCACGCCGAUGUUUACCACACCGCAACAGUUGUGAACUACAAGGGCAGCAGCAUGGCGUCCAGGAAGCGUGUUCUUGUGCUGGGUUCGGGUUACAUCGCCGGGCCCGUGCUGGACUACCUGAGCCGGGACGGGGCCACCGUCGUCACCAUAGCAUCAGUCCCAGCCUGGCAGGUGACAGAGAAGGCCAAGCGAUACCAGAACAUCUUAGCCGUUGUCAUUGACGUCUCCAAGGAGCAGAAGGAGCUCUCAAGUCUCGUCAAAGCACAUGACCUUGUUAUAAGCCUCUUGCCCUACGGAAUGCAUCCCAUGGUGGCACGACACUGCAUCAGCCACUCUGUCGACUUGGUGACGCCCAGUUACACUUCCCCUGCCAUGAUGGAGCUGGAUGAAAGUGCCCGCAACGCCGGCAUCACAGUCCUCAACGAGAUGGGGCUGGACCCUGGCAUCGACCACAUGCUCGCCAUGAGGAGCUUUGACAAGGCCAGGGAGCUGGGUGGACAGGUGGAGUCGUACGUCUUAUUCUGUGGGGGCCUCCCGGCGCCCGAGUGCUGUGACAACCCUCUCCGCUACAAGUUUAGUUGGAGCCCUCGCGGGGUGCUCACCAACACCAUGGGGGCUGCUCGCUUCCUACGUGGCGGACAGGUGGUGGAGAUUCCGGCUGGGGGAGCCUUGCUGGAUGCGGUGGAGCCAAUCGACUUCAUGCCCGGCUUAAGCCUCGAGGGGCUGCCCAACAGGGACAGCCUGAGCUACAUCAAGGACUAUGGGGUGCACGGCACUACCACGUUCUUCCGAGGCACCCUCCGCUACAAGGGCUUCUGCAAAGUGGCCAAGGCAUUGGUGCAGAUGGGGCUCAUGAACUCGGAGCCACACCCGGCCCUGCAGUUGGGGGGCGCUACUCUCACAUGGCGGGAGUUGGUGUGCUCGGUGCUGGGAGUGGAUGCGUCCGUGGGGAAGGAGGAGCUGCAGAAAGCCGUGCUGCACCGGCUCAAGGGGAACGAGGACAGCCUGCCUGCCCUGCAGCAGCUGGGAUUGCUGGGCGAGGAGCCCGUGGGAGAGGCACCCAGCCUGGUGGAUGCCCUGGCCGGGCAUCUUGAGAGGAACCUUUCCUUUGGUCCAGACGAGCGUGACCUGGUCAUCUUGAGGAACGAGGUGGUCGUGCGCCUGCCCACUGGCGUGCGGGAGAAGACGGUGGUGAACCUGGUGUCCUACGGAGACCGCGGCGGCUACUCGGCCAUGGCCAAGACCGUGGGCUACCCUUGCGCUAUCGCUGCCAAGAUGGUGCUCAGUGGGGAGAUCUGUGAGAAGGGCAUGGUAAUGCCCCUUCACUCGCACAUCUACCAGCCGCUGCUGGAGAAGAUCCGUGUGGAGGGCAUCACCUACACCGAGAAGACCACCGUCCAGUAGCCGUGGGCCUCUCAGCUAAGCUAGUGCCGCUCGUUGGUGUCUAAUGUUGCACAUUCACGUUAUUUUGCUCGGUGACUUAAUCAUAAUAUCGGCCUUUAUUGGUUAGAUCGCGUAAAUAUAAAUGUGUUGUUGACCCACCACCAUCCCCGACACAGCCAAUUAGUAAGGUUUGUCACAUACACGAAACAUUCCAUUUAGUUACUAUUUCAGUACACCGGUUGUGUGUUGGAGAGUAAACACGCAGCAUAUUUACGCAAUCUAGCUAAAAAACCUUAAUAAUGAAUAUUGGUCGCAAAAGCCUGCAUGUUAAACUCUCUCA